GACCUCCCAUGAAUAAGAGGCGGCUCGCCUGUAGGAGCGUGGCCAGUGCACUAGCCCUGCCAGUCCCCCGCGAGGAGAGACAGACAGAGAGAGGAGAGAGAGACCAAAGUGGAGACCUCGAGUUGUGAGCGCGAGCGCGCUGAGAACCGACGAACAUCGCCCUACGAGAGAGAGAGACGCAGAGAAGACAAAGAGAACGAGGGAGACAAGAGGAAGGAUCCACGUGGGAAGGUGGACUGGCACGGCACGCGCGCGUCCACGACCAGGGCUCGAGAACGCCCGAACAUAACCCGGCAAAAGAAAAUCGGUAGAAUUCAAUAAUUAAAAUUUCUAUUUUUUUUUUGUUUAAGUCCAGCGCGCGCGUCCCCUUCACCAGCUCUGCAUCUGCCCCUCUCUGCUUCUCGCGCGACCCAGGCUUUCGGAUCGCGGGUCCCGGGAUGAAGCCUCUCCAUUCCCCCCACGGCUCGAGCGGCCGGACCCGCUCCUCUGCCGCCCUCAUCGUCGCCGUCGCCACCGUCGGCGUGGUCAUCUUCAACGUCGCUGCCACGGCCGCCUCGGGCCACGUGCCCACACCGAAGGCCAUGAAGGUUCGCGCGGCCCGGCAAGCGCCGGUGCACGGCGUCCUCGCGGGGACGGUGACCCUCCCCUGCAGCUACGCGCACAACCCCGACGACGAGGAGGAGGUGGCGGCGAGCCACCCUCCUCCCGACCGUGACCACAACAACCACCACCACCACAAGCACCACCACCACCACCGGGACGACCACGUCGACCGAGGCACCGUGCCACCGACGCCGGCUGGCACACACUCGCGACCGCGUGUCAAGUGGAGCAAGUUGGGCGCCGACGGAAACUGGGCGGACGUGAUCGUCUCGCAGAACCUCCACUCGCGCCCGGGACCCGGGUUCGAGAACCGCGUCUCCCUGCCGCGGUUCCUGGCGCCCCACGGUGGCGGAGACGCGGCGAGCGGAGACGGAGCGAGCGGAGACGCCUCGCUGGAAAUCUCGCUCCUGCGCGACUCCGAUCGCGGCACGUAUCGCUGCGAGGUGAUGGCCGGCAUGGACGACGAGAGGGACGUGGUGGAGCUGCUGGUGGAUGGUGUGGUGUUCCACUACCGCUCGGCGCAGAGCCGCUACACCCUGGACUUCGCGAGCGCUCAGGCGGCGUGCGCCCAGAACGGGGCGCGUCUCGCCUCGCCGCAGCAGCUGCAGGCCGCGUACGAGGACGGCAUGGACCAGUGCGACGCCGGAUGGCUCUCCGACCAGAGCGUGCGGUAUCCCAUCAUCCGGCCGAGGCCCGGCUGCUACGCGGACAAGAACGGCAACCCGGGCGUGCGCUCGUACGGAGAGCGCGCCGCGCACGAGACGUACGACGCAUACUGCUUCACCGAGAGGCUCGCAGUCGAGGUGUUCCACACGACCUCCCCGGGCCGCCUGACCCUGAGCGAGGCCCGCAGCGUGUGCGAGGCCCUCGGCGGUGGCCUGGCCACCGUGGGGCAGCUGUACGCCGCAUGGAAGUUCGCGGGCCUCGACCGCUGCGACGAGGGCUGGCUGGCAGACGGCAGCGCGCGCUACCCCAUCGUGUGGCCGCGGCAGAACUGCGGCGGGCCCGUGCCGGGCGUCCGCACCAAGUACCGCUACGCCAACCAGACGGGCUUCCCCGGCCCCAACUCGCGCUUCGACGCCUACUGCUACAGAGGAAACCAGCCCGCUCUGCCGGAUCCAGCGCUGGCCUCUCGGGCCAAGGAGGCGCAGCAGGCCCACAACGUGGCCCCUCCAACUCCUCCUGCUCAGCUCGCGAGCGACCCCGACCAAGGCGAGGAGGUGACACCGCCGAUGAGCUCCUCCUCGAAGGAGGAGGUAGAGGAGGUGAAGGAAGAAACCAGCGUGCAGGCCCAAGCACCGCCACUCAUGGUCGAGCAGCAGCAGCAAGGGAAGGAGGCAACGUCGCCACGAGAUGAGGUCACAGGUCAUGAAGAAGAACAUUCUCCUACUUCAGAGCCAUCAUCUCCUUUACCCAAGGAGGAGGAUGAGGAGGAGAAAUCACCUGAAGUCGUGCUAACUGGUCAUGAAGAACUGUCGUCCGCGACACCUGAGGAGACUUCGCCGGGAGACGUGGUCGCAGAUCAUGAAGAAACUUCAUCUCCUGCACCCGAAGAAUCGGCAUCUCAGACACCUGAAGAACCAUCGCAUCUGACACAUGAGAAGACAUCGCCAGAUGUGGUCACAGAUAAUGAAGAACCAUCACCUCUGACACCUGAUAAGACAUCACCUGAAGGUGAGGUCAUGGGUCAUGAAGAACCUUCCUCUCUGACACCUGAAGAAUUGGCAUGUCAGACACCUGAAGAACCAUCGCAUCUGACUCCUGAGAAGACAUCGCCAGAUGUGGUCACAAAUCAUGAAGAACCGUCACCUCUGACACCUGAUAAGACAUCACCUGAAGGUGAGGUCACGGGUCAUGAAGAACCUUCCUCUGUGACACCUGAAGCACCGUCAUUCCUGACACCUGAGAAGACAUCACCAGAAGAUGUGGUCACAGAUCAUGAAGAACCUUCAUCUCUGACACCUGAAGAACUGUCGUUCCUGACAUCUGAGAAGGCAUCACCAGGAGAUGUGGUCAAAGAUUAUAAAGAACCAUCACAUCUGACACCUGAGAAGACAUCGCCAGAAGGUGAGCUCACGGGUCAUGAAGAACCUUCAUCUGUAACACCUGAAGCACCGUCAUUCCUCACACCUGAGAAGAUAUCGCCUGAAGAUGUGGUCACAGAUCAUGAAGAACCAUCACAUCUGACACCUGAGAAGACAUCACCUGAAGGUGAGGUCAGGGGUCAUGAAGAACCUUCAUCUGUGACACCUGAAGCACCGUCAUUCCUGACACCUGAGAAGACAUUGCCAGAAGAUGUGGUCACAGAUCAUGAAGAAGCUUCAUCUCUGACACCUGAUAAGACAUCACUUGAAGGUGAGGUCACAGAUCAAGAAGAACCUUCAUCUCUGACACCUGAAGAACUGUCGUUCCUGACAUCUGAGAAGACAUCACCAGGAGAUGUGGUCAAAGAUUAUAAAGAACCAUCACAUCUGACACCUGAGAAGACAUCGCCAGAAGGUGAGCUCACGGGUCAUGAAGAACCUUCAUCUGUGACACCUGAAGCACCGUCAUUCCUCACACCUGAGAAGACAUCACCUGAAGAUGUGGUCGCAGAUCAUAAAGAACCGUCACCUCUGACACCUGAGAAGACAUCGCCAGAAGAUGUGGUCACAGAUCAUGAAGAACCUUCAUCUCUGACACCUGAAGAACUGUCGUUCUUGACAUCUGAGAAGACAUCACCAGGAGAUGUGGUCAAAGAUUAUGAAGAACCGUCACCUCUGACAUCUGAGAAGACAUCGCCAGAAGAUGUGGUCGCAGAUCAUGAAGAACUGUCACCUCUGACACCUGAGAAGGCAUCACCUGAAGGUGAGGUCAUGGGUCAUGAAGAAGCUUCCUCUCUGACACCUGAAGAAUCAGCACCUCAGACACCGGAAGAACCAUCACAUCUGACACCUGAGAAGACAUCACCUGAAGGUGAGGUCAGGGGUCAUGAAGAAGCUUCAUCUCUGACACCUGAAGAACCAUCGUUCCUGACACCUGAGAAGACAUUGUCAGGAGAUGUGGUCAAAGAUCAUGACGAACCAUCACCUCUGACUCCUGAGAAGGCAUCACAUGAAGGUGAGGUCAAGGGUCAUGAAGAAGCUUCAUCUCUGACACCUGAAGAACCGUCGUUCCUGACACCUGAGAAGACAUCGCCAGAAGAUAUCAUCACAGAUCAUGAAGAACUAUCACCUCUGACACCUGAGAAAACAUCGCCAGAACAUGUGGUCACUGAUCACGAAGAACUGUCACCUCUGACACCUGAGAAUACAUCACAUGAAGGUGAGGUCAAGGGUCAUGAAGAAGCUUCAUCUCUGACACCUGAAGAACCAUCAUUUCUGACACCUUUUAAGACAUUGCCAGAAUAUAUCGUCAAAGAUCAUGAAGAACCGUCACCUCUGACACCUGAGAAGACAUCACCUGAAGGUGAGGUCAUGGGUCAUGAACAAUCUCAGAUACCUGAAGAACUAUUACCUCUGACACCAGAGAAGACAUCACCAGGAGCUGUGGUCAUCAUUAAUCAUGAAGAACCAUCACCCUUGACACCUGAAAAGUUAUUUCCUGAAGGUGAGGUCAUGGGUCAUGAAGAAGCUUCAUCUCUCACACCUGAAGAACUGUCACCUCUGACACCUGAGAAGACAUCGCCAGGAGAUGUGGUCACAAGACACGAACAAGAAACUUACACGCCGCCUUUGCCAUCAUCUCUGAUACUUGAGGAGAAGACAUCACCCAAAGAUGGCAGCGCACAUCAUGGGCAAGAACCUUUUCCCUCAGAACCAUCACCUUCCACACCCGAGGACGAUAAAACAUCACCCGAUGAUGAAGUCCCAAGUCACAAGGAAGACGAAAAUCCUUCUUCAGAGCCAGCAUUUCCAAUAUCAGAAGAGAAGACGACACCAAUACCCGAUGACGACGAUUCACCCCCUGAUUCAGGGCCGAUCUCGGAGAUUGUCAUUGCGGGCGAUACGCCGGUGGAGGCCGAACCUCCAGUCGAAACGUCGACCCCCGGGCACGGCAUCCUCCUCGCGGCUGACGCGCGCCCAGAAACGGCCCUCGUGGACAUGCCGACUCAAACGGAGCGAUCCCAUGACGAAUCUUCUCCUCCUCUUCCUUCAUCUUCAGACGCGCCCGAACACACCGAGGCGACUCCCUCGGCAGCGUUGGCAGAGCAGGCCAUCAGCCACGUGGAGGUAGACCUCGCAAACCACGAGGUCGAAGCCACGACCGCCAAAGCUCCGGGGAAAGUGGAAGCGCCAGGAGGCAAGGAGCCAACUCCGGCGGAGCUUCCCGAAACCUCGGACGUGGUGGGGGUAGUAGAGUCGCCCGGUGAAGGCUCGCCAGUCGCUCAGCCGGACGUACUCAUCUCCCAAGACUCCGGGGUGGAAGAGGAAGUCAAGGCAGGGCCUUCGCAUGCCAGCUUGCCGGCGUCGGCCACCAGCACGGACGGCGAAGGUAGCGGCAUCGCGGUCGAAGCGGUGGACGGGGACGCCACAACCGAGCCCCCGGAGGAGUCAAACGCCAUCGUCUCACUCGCCGAGCACCAGCAGGAGGAUGACUCCAGCGAUGCUGCUCCCGCUCCCUUGCCAGACGAGGCCAAGGGCCACGUGGAGGAGAUGGUGGCGCCGACUCUGUCGGCACUGAUGACGACCGCGCAGAGGCUGCCCGAGCCAGUGACCGCGAGCGACGACGACACGACCGAAGGCUCGGGAGGCCACGUCGACUCCGCGCCGAUAUCGCCACCGGUUGUGGUCCAAACCGCGGAGCCCGAGGCGGACGAAGAGGAGGGGCCGGCACCGGCACCCGCGUCCGAAGCGGCGGCGGCGGCGACGGCGGCAGCGGCACUUUCGGAAGAAUCGCACGAACCGGAACGGUCCGCGCCGGACGCCGACGCGGAGGAGGCGCCGCUAGGCUCCGACGCCGAUCACCCCACCACGGUGCCGGCCGGUGCUCACGCCGCGGUGGCCCCAGCGAGUGGCGAGAUGCACGGCGCCUUCCCCACGCUGAAGGAGCAAAUUGCGGCGCAGGCCCGGCUGCUGGACCGCGGCCGAGACGACUACGCCGGUUACGCCAUCAUCGCCGAGUCGACCGCGGUGCCAGUGGACGACGAUGAGGCACGCCAUCCGUCGUCGCCACCAGAGACGCAGGACAUCGACGAGGGCUUCGUGCAGGUGUUGCCAUCCGUGGCCGUCAAACCCACGCCGUCUGGCGCCACGUCUUCGCCGGUCACUCGCGUAGAGAUGCCAGGAGAGGGGCCGGCCGGGAGCGAGACGUCUCCGGACGAAGCUCAGGAGCCAUCCACACUUCCCAGCACCCUGCAAGAGUCUGCCCCCGAAGGUUCCGGAGACGUGGAUGGGACGGACAAGGAGGCCGAAUCUCAGCCCCCGUCGUCCAAGGAGUCCGAGGAGUCUGAAGAGUCCAAGGAGUCUGAGGAGCUGUCUCCUCUUCUGGAGGCUUCGCACGGCGUAGAGAGCAUUGUCCUGGCAACCCCUCCCACCCCUGUGGAGCCUCUUGCCCCAGAAGCUUCUGCGGGGGUCGACUUCAACAGCGAUGUGGCCACACUGCCACCCGCGUUGCUCGCAGAGCCGGCAAGCAGCGGCGGCGACUCUUCUUCCGAAGAAGAAGAAGAAGAGAAGCCGGUGCCAACUUCACCGUCCGGGGAGGAGCAGGAGGAGGAGCAGGAGCAGGAGGUCACAUCGACGGAGUGGUCCGGUCUCCCUGAGCUGCAGCCGGGUCCCCGCAUCUCCCCUGUGGCCGAUCUGCCCGACGAGAAGCACACGGGCGAGGGGGGCGACAACGAUGAUGACGCUUCGAGCGAGGCCUCCACAGGCAAACCCGCGGUGACGUUGCCAGAGGACGGGAUCAUGGGCACUCCUCAUCCGGAAGCCGCAUCGGAGGCAUCUGGCGCAGAGUGGCCGCACUUCACGGGAGAGUCGGGGGCAGAGGGAGGCGAGGGAACAGACGUCGCCACGGCCGCAAGUGACGUGGAGACGUCGCCCGAAGGCAGUGGAGAGCCGUGGACGGUGGCGUCGCCGCAACUCGAAGAUCCUUUUGUCGAGCCUGGGGUGGAAGGCGCCGCACCUGCUGAUGACACGGACGUGGGUGCCCUUGACAGAGAGCCGUCCCAGGCGUUGGAGGUAGCCUCGCUGACGCCGGAGACACCGCAGGGCCUUUUCAUCUCGGCCAAAUCUCCCGCCGAGAGGGGCAGGUCGCACGCCGACGAGGAGGAGGAGUCGAGCGGAGAGGGGGCCCUGCCGAACGUGCCGCUGGUCCUCAUCGCGUCGGUCACCACCUCCGUUCCCGCGGCGCCGAUGGAGCCGAACGGCAACAAUGGCAACAGGAACGAACCCCAGGAGGCGGUGUCACCCAUCCUGUCCCAGAUCAAAAUCCCCGACAAAGAGCAACCGGGCGAGCAGUACCCGGAGGGCGAGCAAACGGAGGGGCGGGCCGACGGUGAGCGCUCAACCAACGAGCCCCCUCCCCAAACGUCGGACGACGUUUUCGCGGAGGGAGCACUGCACGGACCGUCGGGUGCCCACGACCAGCGGCCGGCCGAGUGGGGAGAGGAGAAGGCCUAUGAAGGUUUUAUAGAGGAGGCGGACGGACUCGCUGGCACCGCGCCGACUGCUCACGCCGACCGGGAGCAAGGCGGCGUUGAUGGUACCACCGUUCCCGGCGAGCCGGAAACGACUCCGGCAGCAGAGCCCAGCAUCUCCUCUACGCACGGAACGUCCCCGAACGCGGCCGCGAAGCUUCCCGCGCACGCGCAUGCUGAGGACAAAGAGGAAGAGGAGGAGGAGGAGGAGAGGGGCGAUGGCAUCCCGUUUGGAAGGCCAAUUCCCGGGGACGAAAACAACGCACUGUCGAAUGAGCUGCCGGGAAAGACCGCCCCAGCUCCCGCGGUCCCAUCGGCUGGACAGCCGUCUACUCAGUCGAGUGCAGACAGCGACGACGAUGACGAGAAUGAAAUCGCCGCGAACUCACCGGUCACUUCGGCCCCUCUGGAGGACUUCCACGAGCCCUCGAGCGUCGACGAGUGGCCACAGGGAGCCGAGACGAGCAGCAACGCGCCGGAGGAGAACGUUUGGAACUGGCCGUCCGUCGUCGACCCCGGCCUCGGGGUCGACGACGGAGGGGCGUCUGCGGAGGCCGCGAGCGUCCCGGCAUCUGACCCGCCGGCCGUCGGAAAGGACGAGAGCGAAGAACCUGGGGAGCCAUCGUCAGCGACGACCGCCACCGAGCCUCCUGUGUCGGGCCACGCCGUGGGGCCCUCGGAGGAAGAUGUCGCAGUACCCCAUCCCUUCACGCCGUAUUCCAUCGUUGAGUGGGAGGAGGACACCUCGGUUGCCGGCACGCCAUUCCCCGACGAGAGCCUGGUGCUCUCCCUGCCCGACUGCGAGCAGAACCCGUGUGAGAGCGGCGGGCGCUGCAUUUCCUACGAGGGGCAACACCACUGCGUCUGUGAGCCGGGCUACUCUGGGGACCGAUGCGAAGUCGAGGUGGACGAGUGCGAGUCCAACCCCUGCCACAACGGCGGCACGUGCGUGGAUCACGUGGCCUCCUACUCGUGCCAGUGCCUGCCCAGCUACGCCGGGAAGCUCUGCGAGGAGGACACGGAGAUCUGCGAGUCGGGCUGGCAGAAGUUCCAGGGCCACUGCUACCGCUACGUGACGGAGCGUCGCGAUUGGGAGCGCGCCGAGCGCAGCUGCCGCGCCUUCGGCGCCCACCUGGCGAGCGUGCACUCGCGCGAGGAGCAGCGCUUCCUCACCAGUACGCCUCUCCGGGGGGUCGGCGGGGGUCUCGGCCAGUACCAGUGGAUCGGCCUCAACGACAGGAUGUACGAGAACGACUUUCACUGGAGCGACGGAAGCCACCUGGACUACGAGAACUGGAGGCUCAACCAACCCGACAGCUUCUUCGAACCCGGCGAGGACUGCGUGGUGCUCAUCUGGCACGAGAACGGGCAGUGGAACGACGUUCCGUGCAACUACCACCUCACCUUCACCUGCAAGAAGAGCGCAGUGUCGUGCGGUCCGCCCCCCGUGGUGCCCCACGCGCGCUCCUUCGGGGCGCUGCGCGGCCGCUACGAGCUGCACGCCCUGGUGCGCUACCGGUGCCGCGAGGGCUUCGUGCAGCGCCACCAGCCCAGCGUGCGCUGCCGCGACAGCGGCCGCUGGGACGAGCCGCGCAUCAGCUGCGUGCGACCCGGCACGAUCGCGAGGGGCACGAGCCAGGGUCGUGACCCCACGGCCCCCCACCAGCACCUCGCGUGGUCGCGGCUGCCGCGGCGUUCACAGCACCGGCACCGCUUCCUGCACUGAGCCUCCCACGCCCCCCGUGCCCCCCCACGCCCCCCGUGCCCCCCCACGCCCCCCGUGCCCCACCCCCACCCCCCGUGCCCCGCCCCCUGCGUCCCAGAGCCUCCAACUUCUCUCACCCCCCCCGCCCGCCAACCCAAUCACGACGGCUCGCAGGCUACAAGAGAAACGCACCGACUAAAAUCAUCGAUGUUUCUUUUUUACGACACGUCGAUUGAAAAAAAUCGAUUUUUUUUUAAUUGGUCGAUUUCUAUCGAUCGAUUCUUAGGAUGGCGAUCCACGCAAAUUAGUUUCGUGCGUUUCAGAGUGGUGCACGUUUAAUGUUCGCGUGCUGUUCGUAUCUCACGGGGAGCACGUGACCUCCUCCUGCUGCCCCUAGAGGCCGCUACAUUCACCACGGUCGAGAAGAAUUUUUUUUUUAAUAUAAUUUAGUCGUGACGGAAAAUCGCUACUAUGCAAUUAAACGCUGGGUGGGGAGGGGGGAGGAGUGGAAAUCGUUACACACCUGCUAAGAUAUGCAACGGACGAUGACGCAUCGAUUGGCAUCCAUUCUUCGGCUCACGGACACACGCAUCGAAUCGCGCGCGUUCGGGAUCUGCCUAAGGAUUCUUUGACGAUCCGCAAGCAAGAAUGCGUAAGGAGCCGGUGAAAAAAUGAGACCAAAAAAAAAUGUUGCUUGAUUGAAUUUCCUUUCAUCCCGAAUUGUGACAUUGUGAAGCCCUUGCGUCGCGGCGUCGCGAUCCGCGGGCGCAUGGUGGUGCCCCCCCCCCUCCCCCCGGGUGCUCGAGAAUAUUGGGUGCCAGACUCUUUACUCGUUGGUUCUUUCGGUGAAGUGACGUAGGUAGAAAAAAAUAAUAAAAGAUCACGACGUUUCGAUCGCAACACAAGCGGCCUUUUUUUUUCUCGUCCUUUUUUUUUCCUUUUCCGCCCGAGGGCGACCGCUUGUGUUGCGAUCGAAACGUCGUGGUCUUUUAUUAUUUUAUUUCUACCUACGUGGCUUCGCCGAGAGAAGCGGAGAGUGCGGAUUCACGCAGCCGCGAAAGCUUCUAAUCCAUGUCGGGUGCGGCGCGCAAUUUACAGACGAGCACGGAGGGCAGAGUAGAGAGCACGAAAUUACCAAAGCGCAGAACAGACUCGCGGUUGAGACGCGGCGGAUCACGUGGGAUAAAAAAAAAUAUCCGGCAAAGUAAGUUUGUGGUCUUACGGCUCAGCCGUCGCAGCCACCGCCUGCGCGUGCACAAUGUCCAAGUCUCUGCGCGGGGAAGAGCUUCGGUUUCAUUCAGAAUCGCGCAGCAGUCUCGUCUAGCGAGGGGAACACCGAGAGUUUUGAAUUUUCGCGGAAAUUUUCUUCAGUCACGUUCAUGGGAAAGGGUACCCGAUAUACCAAAUUUAGUUGUGUUUUUUUUGUGACAUGAAAAGUGAAAUGUUCACGAAUGGAAAUUCGUCAAACAUCUUAAGUGUGACAGGACCCUCCCGAUAAACAUCCCUGAGACUCAGGUGAGGCUUUCCUUGGAUAAUGAAAUUACCGUAUUGUCCGGAUUAUAAUACACACCUGUUUUUAAAAAAAAGAUUUCUGUGCGUGCGUGUGGGUGUGUCAGGCCAUAUCCUCUAGAUCUGGAUAAUACGGUAACACCACAACACUGGGCCGAUAGCCCAUCGAUAACCAGAGGAAGUGACACGUGACUGCCGCUUUAUGACGUAAAAAGAACGUGCCUCGUGUUCACGGACGAAGACAGCUUUAAACUUACAUUUUUACAUACCUUACCGUGGCUGUGAGUAUAUGUGUAUGAAUAUUUUUAUAUAUAUAAAUACACAGUAUAUAUAUUUUUUUUGAGAGAGAGAAGAGGAAGGCAAAAAAUAAGUACAUUUCAUUGUUGUAAAUCUGUUUCUUUUGGAAAUGUCAGAGCACUUAUCAUGCUUGUCCGCAGGAGGGCGCUGUUGUCGCUGUGUUCGACAACGUGAACCCUCCACCAGACUUCGGCCAACGUGGCCCAAAGUCACCACCAAGAGGGUGGAGGGUUGAUUGAGAUCUUGUGGAAUGUAUUCCAGCCCCCCCCCUAACUCUCCUGGACCCCCCCCUCCUCCUCGCAACUUGGGCGGGCUGGGGAAAUAUUUGCAGGAGCUCAGCCCCGGCUAGCUCCGGCUGAAAGGAAGCUCUGUUUAUAACGACGGAGAAGAAACAGCACGAAUCCAGGCUGUGCCGCUUUGUUUAGAGACGUUUUGUUAAAAAGAGAAGAGCAACAAAAUAAUGUGGAGUGGUGGCGCAGUCGUUAGCGCACUGCGCUACGAACCCGGAAACCUCGGUUCGAUUCCUGUCGGCUACGGCUCACAUCCGUGCCGAGUGAAAUCCGGGGGCUCCCAUACCCCCACCCCCCUCCCUCCCUUUCCCCAAUUCGUACGGCGUGGGUAAGGCCAUCAUCCAGCAGUGGAUUGACACGAGACUGUUAAUUGAUCAUUAACUUUUAAGGGAAGUGAAAUUGACAUGCUCGAAAUGGAAUGCAAAUUUUUUUGACAUCGUGUUGAAUGGGGUCACGUGAUUCCCGCAGCCACGAGAGACCGCGAUCUGCACCGCGGUGGAACAGAAAACAAUUACUUUUGAAUGGCGAAUCCUGAAUUCAUAUUGAAUCGUGGGGGAGGAUGAACCGCCAUAUCCCUUCGCCACGCGAUUUUUUUUUUACCCUGAAGAAGACUAAGUGGCUGAAACGUCAGCUUUUUAUCUUCCUCUCGGCGAAAUGACUCUUUUUUUAAAGUUGAAAUGUUGGGGUUGUUUUUCUAGUCCAGUGCAAAAGGCCCCUAAAAUAUCGGGACACGUGUCAAGGGGGCAUCGUGUAAUGUGCCUGUGCGUUGCGUGUACGUGAUCACGUGUGUGUGUACGCCUUUGUCAUUGGGAUGGGACCGUUGGAGCAGUGGUUAGCGCACUGCACUACGAACCCAGCUGGGGUUCUUGAUACACGGCCCAACAUCAUUGACUUGUGAUGUAAACUGGUUCCGUGACCCCAAUAGGUCGACUCGGCCUCAAGCGAGUACCGAGUGCGGUGUGUAAAAACUCAGCCCUCGUGCAGGCCUUAAUAAUAGGAGCUCGCUAACAGCAUUUUCCCCAAAAGCCUUAUGCGGCGGUGCGGGAGAUCUUUGCCUUUGUGUGUACGUGUGUGUACGUGUCAUUGUUUUGGGUUAAAGAUAUAUCUCACGAGGUUUAAGUGUCAGUAUGCAUAGGAUGUUAUUACAAAUGAAUGUACGCGUAACUUGCAAUCGCGUACAUGUGUGGGUAUAUCGUGACGCUGUGCGGGAGCGGUGGCGCAGCGUUUAGUUUGCGCACUCUGCGCUUUGAAGCCGGCGCGCUGAGUUCGACUCCUAGCCACGGCGACUUGAAAUCUGAACCAGUCCUGGGCGCCGCCCCUUAGAUAAUUCUUCACCAACCCGCACUGACCAGCGUGGUGAAGUAUGGUCAAACAACCGCUACACCCCCCCCCCCCAUUGCGCUUGGCGAUGGGGGUGAGGGAGGGGAGGGAAUUUUAUCCAACAGUGGAUAGACAAAUGGCUGUAAAUUAAUUUCAAAAACGGGCUUUUAAAAUCACCUUUUAACUAACAUUUUAAAAUCGUUCCACGUGUGAGGUUGCUGAAGACAUCACAGAUAAUAGUAUUAUUAUUAUGAUCAGCGUCCAAAUCUCAACAGCCAAUGAGGAACCUCGAUGCUUGACUAACUCUUCAUUAGUUUUUGUUAUAAUUUAGCUUCUAAAUAGUAUUCAACAAAAGAAGAGGGUGACAGCGUGGGGGAUAGCUUUUGACUUUUGUUUGGGGGAAAAAUGCUCUUUAAAAAUAUAUAUAAGGCAUGUAAAAUGCAUUAGCGUGUAUAUUAUGUAUACGGCAUGGUAUCAUAAUAUCAGUAUUAUUAUAUUAUUUUAUAUAUAUCUCCGCUUUAAUUAAAAUGCGCUUUUACCAAAGAGACACAUCGUUUGCCUAUAGCUGCCGGUUCGAUCUUGGGGUGAAAGAUCAAUGUUUAUAUAAUUCAAACGACAAAGUUGGACGAAAAACAACAAAAAACUCAACUAUAUGCAGUCUAUAGUUCCAAUUUUGUUCAUGCCUUCUGCUUUUCUUGAAAUAACGUGUACAUUAUCUUGUAAGUCUGAUAUCCCCCCCUCCCCUCACAUGCACACCCCUUCUCGUACCCCUUUAUAUACGCUACAAAGCAAGAGUCGUGUCCACAAUCGCUUCGUCUUACACAUCAUGCAUUACUUUAAUGUGUAUGGUGUGUUGACUACAAGAUGCUCUGAUACGCACAUGCUGGGCAACGCAUGAAGUCUGUGGCACUCUCCUCCUCCCUAGUGUCCACGGUAAAUUCGGAUAUUUUUUGAGUCCGUCUGCCGGAUUGGCCCUCCCAGACUCCCCGUGUUUAUUCAGCAGCGGCUUUAGUUUAAAUGCGACAACUCCAGACCGGUUUCGCCCUCUACUGGGGCUCAUCAGUGGGGUUUUGUCUGUACCGGUUUCUGUUCUUGUUGCGGCUCUUCGGCAGAGUCGGCCUAGACGUGGUUUCAUCUUUCUAACGUUCUAUCAGCAGAGUCGCAUGGACCAGUUUUUUGCCUGCAUGUGUCUCAUCAGCAGUCACAUGAGCCAGUUUUGACCUUAUGUAAUUUGCGAAAGUCGUCGUGAGUGAAACUACUGCCACAUGUUAUGAUGACGUCCCGAACCAACGUGGACACCAACGUCCGCUGUGGUGCACGGCGGCGAGGAGAUGGCUUUUGAUGCGGUUUGAAAUCGUCGAAUGCAACGUGCUCUAGUCGAUUUGGUGAGCGAGGGGGAGGGGUGGUGAAUGAAAUGUUAAUUCAUUAUUUUGUGUUAGUUCAUUCAUUCAGUCAUUCCUCCGGGACGCCUGUAAAAAAAAUUAACGAGAUGUUUUAGCUCACAAGAUUUGUGUUGUUUUUUUCCCCCGGUUAAAUAUUUUAAAUAAAUAAAAUCAAUUGCAUAAAA